UAUCAACUGAAGUCCACCGACGGCCUUUGCACCACCAUGUUCCGACGGCGAACACCCAUCUCCGAUAGCAGCCUGACGGUCCGACCACCCUGUCUCAUCAUCUCUGACCUCUCAAUUUGGAGAAACUGGCGAAAUAAGUGAGGGGUUUUGUCGAAUUUGCUACUUUUAUUGGCUGCUGAAAUGGUUAUUAUUUUAAGACCUUAUAAAUCGCUUUUUAUUAAACGGUUUCGAUCAUAGUUGAUACUUGAUACCAGCCUUACCCUCUUCAAAAAUUCCUAGAAAUUCAUACCCUGAAAUCAAAAUGUCCGAUCACAUACCUUUCGACAUUCAAGUGGAAAUCAUUAAAAGGCUUCCUAUAAGAUCAUUGAUUCGGGUCAGAUCUGUUUCAAAAGUAUGGAAAUCUGUGAUCGAGUCGUCUGAUUUCAUUGUUGAUUACACUGUCCACAACCAUGAUCAACCGCAACAUUUGCUUAUAAGGUACAACAAUCUGUACUCUGAGGAAACAUAUGUUUCGAUUGUAGAUGAUGAUACGUUCCCACAAAACAAGGUUUCCAUUAUUGUUCCUCCGUCUGUUAACCUACUUUGGGAUUCAUUUGUCGUCGGUGCUUCUCAUGGAUUGGUAUGCUUGUUCGGUUAUUAUCGAAAUCAUGAUGAUUUUGAAUAUUGUUCUGGUACGGCUAUGGCUGUUCUUUGGAAUCUGUCGAUUAGAAAAUCAGUUGCUAUUGCUGUACCUGAUGUAGAUUGGCCUGCAGGAACUAAUUUUGGUUUUGGGGUUUGUCCUGCAACUAGUGACCCUAAGAUUGUAAAGAUUACUGAUACGCAUACACAUAAGAGGAUGAAAGGUGUAAGUUGCAGCAGGCAUUGGCUGGUUGAGGUUUUUAGUUUGAGCUCAAGGGUUUGGAGAAGUUCAGCUGGUAAUCUAUCUGAUAAUUUGUUUGAAAUUAAAUGGCCUCACUCUCAGGUAAUUGGUUUGGUACUAAAAUAAGUACCAGUGAUACUAAAUUUGAGCUUCUUGUUUCAUUUGAUUUGUCAAGUGAAGAAUUUAGAGAGAUAUACCUCCCAAAUACGUUAGCAUUUCACGAUCCAAUGUACAUGUAUGUAUUUAUUUAAGCUAUGUGAUUCUCUUAUUGUGCUUCAAGAGUGGUCAAUGAACGGUAUAUAUAAUAAAGUAUGGAUGAUGGAUAAUGGUGAUUCAAAAUCAUUUACAAAUCUUUGCACCAUUAACAUACCAAAUUUGUCAAGUUGUCCACUGGAGUUUAGGAGGAGGAAUGGUGAACUUAUGAUGAGAUUAACAGAUGACAGCGAUGCACUUAUAGUUUAUAACCCCUUCUUAGAACACAUCAAUGAUCUUGGGAUUGAAGGCCAAUGUUAUUCAUCACUCGUGAGCUCGUACACAGAAUCUUUAAUUUUGCUUGAUCAUUAGUUGAUGACGAGGAUGAUGAGUGUUUGAGUAGGGAAGAAAGAGCAAUUACCUCUUGAUAUUUCAAACAGAUCUAUUUUCGUUAUUUAAAAGGUGAACAUUCUUCUCUUAUCUGUUAGUUCUAUUAUUCUAACAUUAACUCACAACUAAUGUAUCAUAUUUUCUUGCAAAUUAACAUAUGGAAAUAUCUUGCUGACAGUCAAGUAGUCUUCUGCAACCUUAAGCGGUUCACAUACGGGUUAAGGCCCUUUUGACAUGUUUAUUUUAUAGUCAAUCAAUCAAACAAAUGGUCCUUGCGGUUUGGCCCUAGUCACACAAUGCUUGCUUAUGUCAUGUACUCAAACUUAUUAAAACAAAUAUUUGAAGGCGCAUUAUCUUAUUUUUGAAAGAAAAGAUAUGUUUUCUGUUGAUGA